AUGGAAAAGGAGGCUGCGAGGAACAGGAAGGAUCCCCGGGACACCCAGGCAGACAAGAAGCUGAGGAUUGGGACCAGGGAUGACAAAUCCCCACAGCAGAACAUCAAGGAAGAGGCUGUUAUGAGUGACUCCAGGGCACAGGAAUCCAACGGGGAGGAAACUCCCCAGAGAUUCCACAGGAAGAGGGGCUCCAAACCCAGUCUGGGGUGCUCUGAGGAGGAAAGACCCACCCUGAGCCAGGAAGGUGGACAGAGCUUCAGGCAGAGCUCAGAGUUGGUGGUCCAUGAGCAGCUUCAUGACGGGGAGAAGCCCCACAAGUGCUUGCAAUGUGGGAAGAGUUUCAGACAGAGCAGCACCCUGAUUCGCCACCAACGCAUCCACACCGGGGAAUGGCCCUACGAGUGUGGGGAAUGUGGGCAGGGCUUCAGUUACAGGUCAGAACUCAUCAGGCACCAACGCAUCCACACUGGGGAGAGGCCCUACGAGUGUCCCCAGUCAGAGUAUUUCCUCCUGACCAUCAUGUGCUACGACCGCUACGUGUCCAUCUGCAAACCCCUGCACUACGGGACCCUCCUGGGCAGCAGAGCUUGUGCCCACAUGGCAGCAGCUGCCUGGGCCAGAACCCAGAUUUGGAAAUUUCCUUAUGCCAGCAGCGCCCAAAUCCGGCAGAUUUCUGUUGCUGCCAACGACAUCAUCCAGAUCUGGUGUUUGCUGGCAGCACCAGCGCCCAGAUCUGAAAACUUCCUGGUGCUGGCACAGCCCAAGUCCAUCUUUCUCCUUUUCUUUCUCUUUCUCUCUUUCUUUCUCUUUCUCUCGCUUUCCCGCUGUCGGGCACCCUUCCCUCGGGGUCCCUUGCCUGGUGUCCCUCUCCUCUCCCCGCCUCCCUCUCCCCUGCCGGGCCGGGCCAUGCCCCCGGCCCGCCCCCGGCCCCGGGCGGGGCUGCCCCGUGCCCGGCCCCGGCCGUCCCGCCGUGGUCUCGCCUUCGCCCGGCUCUGGCCGUACUGGCGGUGGCGCUGCUGGGCGGCCAUCAGUGCCUGGUGCGGGGGCGGCAUCGCCGCCCUUCGGCUCCGCCUGGCCCGAGCCCGGCCCCGGACCCGACGCAGGGUCCAGUCCCGACCCCGGCCCCGGCCCCGGCCCCGGCCCCGGCCCCGGCCCCGGCUCCUCCCGGGGCCCGCGGAGGACACACGCGGCGCGGCCGCUCCCGCCGCCUCCGCUGCGGAUUCCCCGGCCCGAGCUCCGCCGCUCGGCAGCGCGGCCUCCGGCCCCGAGCCGCCGAGGCCCGGGGCGGGUGGGGAUGCCGGGCCCGGGGCGGGUGAGGGGCGCUCGGGGGCCGUGGCUGGCCCCGGGCCGAGCGCUGACAGCCGCGUCCCGCCCGCACGGAAGGCGCAGGACGCCCUGCAGGAGCGGUACCGGCUGGGUUCGCUGCUGGGGCGCGGCGGCUUCGGCAGCGUCUUCGCGGCCACGCGGAUCUCGGACGGCGCCCCGGUGGCCAUCAAACGCGUGCCGCGGGAUCGCAUCCGGCACUGGGGCGAGCUGCCCGACGGCACCAGCGCACCCCUGGAGGUCGUGCUUCUGGCCAAGGUGUCCCGUGGCUGUGGCGGUGUCAUUCAGCUCCUGGAGUGGCUGGAGCUCCCCGACGGCUUCCUGCUGGUGCUGGAGCGUCCGGAGCGGUGCCAGGAGCUCUCGGGUUUCCUGGCGGAGCGAGGGUUCCUGCCGGAGGAGGAGGCGCGGAUGCUGUUCCGCCAGGUGCUGGAGGCCGUGCGGCACUGCACCAGCUGCGGGGUCCUGCACCGGGACAUCAAGCCCGAGAACAUCCUGCUCGACCUGGCUAGCAGGCAGCUGAAACUGAUCGACUUUGGCUGUGGCGCCUUCCUCCAAGACACAGCCUACACCCAGUUUGCAGGAACCCUGUCCUACAGCCCACCAGAGUGGAUCCAGCACCAACGCUACCACGGCGAGGCAGCCACGAUCUGGUCCCUGGGCCUCCUGCUGUGCCACCUGGUCAUGGGGAAGCACCCGUUCAGGAGGGGCCAGGAGAUCAUCCGGGGGCGGAUCUUGUUCCCACGAUGGCUCUCUCAAGCGUGCCAAGAUGUCAUUAAGAGGUGUUUGUCCAUGCAACCCUCGGACAGGCCAUCCUUAGAAGAUCUUUUCUGUCAUCCUUGGGUGAAGGAUGUUUCCCUGCCCUAG